AGAGGAAGGAAGGUGCAAGGCUGCCUUGCUUUGCCUGCCUGCUCGCUCUUCCCGAUGGCGAGCCUUGCAACUUCCUUGGGCCGGCAAGGCAGGCUGUGGGGCCUCCCUCUCCCCUUCUCCGCCUGCUUCGCCUCCUUCUCCCGCCUCCUUCCUCCGAAGGGAAGCCCCGAGGAGCUGCGCCGGACCGCCUUGGAGCAGCCGGGUGCCUUCUGGGGGUCGCAGGCCCGGGAGGAGCUCCAGUGGGAGUCCCCGCACCAAGCCCACUGCGAGGCGGACUUCAGCCAAGGGAGAGUCCGAUGGUUCCUUGGUGGCCGCCUCAACGUGGCUGUGAAUUGUUUGGACCGCCAUGUACAACGUUCUCCAAACAAAGUGGCUUUGAUCUGGGAAAAAGAUGAACCUGGGACUGAAGAGAAAGUCACUUAUGGGGAACUUCUGGACAUGACCUGCCGCCUCGCAAACACUUUAAAGAAAAAUGGAAUCACAAAAGGAGAUCGAGUCGCUAUCUAUAUGCCAAUGUCUCCAAUAGCAGUGGCUGCAAUGUUGGCAUGUGCCAGAAUUGGUGCUGUCCACACAGUUGUCUUUGCUGGGUUCAGUGCAGAAUCUCUAGCAGGGCGGAUCAAUGACUCUGAAUGCAAAGCAGUCAUCACAUGUAACCAGGGCCUGAGGGGAGGACGGAUCAUAGAACUGAAGAAGACUGUGGAUGAAGCGGUACAAAAAUGUCCAAGCAUCAAGUGUGUCUUUGUGGCUCAAAGAACUGCCAACAAGAUCCACACGAGAAAUCAAGAUGUUCUCCUUGAAGAAGAAAUGGCAAAAGCGGCUUCUGUUUGUCCCCCUGAAAUCAUGGACAGUGAAGAUAUGCUAUUUAUGCUUUAUACUUCGGGAAGCACAGGGAAACCUAAAGGCAUUGUUCACACCCAGGCAGGAUACCUACUUUAUGCUGCCUUAACGCACAAGCAUGUAUUUGACGUCAAGCAAGAUGAUAUUUUUGGUUGUGUAGCUGAUAUUGGUUGGAUCACAGGACACAGUUAUGUGGUGUAUGGACCACUCUGCAAUGGAUGCACCACAGUUCUGUUUGAAAGCACUCCUGUUUAUCCUGAUCCAGGUCGCUAUUGGGAAACUGUGCAAAGAUUAAAAAUAAAUCAGUUUUAUUGUGCUCCCACUGCAUUGCGUUUGCUGCUGAAGUAUGGAGAUGAAUAUGUGAAGAAAUAUGACAGAUCCUCUUUAACUACCCUUGGAUCAGUGGGAGAACCAAUAAACAAUGAAGCAUGGCAGUGGUUCUACGAUGUGGUAGGAGAUCGAAGGUGUACGGUUGUGGACACAUGGUGGCAAACAGAAACUGGUGGGAUUUGCAUUGCACCUCGGCCUUCAGAAAAAGAAGCUGAGAUCAUUCCCGCUAUAGCAAUGAGACCAUUCUAUGGGAUUAACCCAGUACUGAUGGAUGAGAAGGGAAAUGUAUUAGAAGGCAAUGAUGUUUCUGGCGCCCUGUGCAUUUCCCAGCCCUGGCCUGGCAUGGCACGCACUAUCUAUGGAGACCACCAGAGAUUCAUAGAAGCUUAUUUUAAAACUUACCCAGGUUAUUAUUUCACGGGCGACGGUGCUUACAGGACCAAAGAAGGCUAUUACCAGAUAACAGGGCGAAUGGAUGACGUGAUGAACAUCAGUGGACACAGACUUGGAACGGCUGAGAUUGAAGACGCCAUGGAUGAACAUCCUGCCGUACCCGAAACAGCUGUGAUUAGCUAUCCUCAUGACAUCAAAGGGGAAGUUCCAUUUGCUUUCAUUGUACUAAAAGAUGAAACUGCACACCCGGAAAUUGUUACCAAAGAGUUAAGAGAAAUAGUUGCCUUAAAGAUAGCCAAAUAUGCCGUGCCUGAUCAUGUUCUGGUGGUGAAACGACUCCCCAAAACACGUUCUGGGAAAAUCAUGAGAAGGUUGCUCCGACGAAUAGUGUCAGGCAGCGUUACUGAUCUGGGAGAUCUCACCACAUUGGACGAUCCCACCGUCAUUACAGAAAUAGUUGACGCAUAUAAGAACUACAAAGCUAAACAUCCUCAAUUUUGAUGGGGGGCUAUGGAAGUUAGUUCCCAGAAUGACAAAAGGAAUUGCCAAACUCCCUCACGCUCUGUGAGGAAAUUCUGUUUAAUUCAAGGAAGGAUCAGAAGAUUUUUCCUUCUGAACAAUAUUGUACAUCACAAGUUUGCCUCUUGUGCCUGCAUAAUAUCAACUGUGCCUUACCUAUCUUUGAAACUAAUUCAGACAUUAUUUACAUCUUGAAAGUUUAAAGGCUUUAUCUAACAUUUUUAAAAGGUUUUGUUAAAAUAAUACUCUGAGGAAACUAAAGAGAAGGCAUGAGCUUUGUCUUCAUAUCUGUGCCUUAGAAAUUGGGUUGUAGGUUUUUGGGCUGAAUGGCCAUGUUCUAUUUUAUUUUAUUUAUUUCGAACAUUUUUACCCUGCCCUUCUCAACCCCUGGGGGGACUCAGGGCGGCUUACAAUUGGCAAUAAUUCAAUGCCACAUCAUAAAAUACAGAAUAACAAAUAUAACAAUUAAACAUGAACAUUAAUAAAUAAAGAUUAAAACAGUAUACUUACACUCUGAUUAGCUAUUGCCCGUCUGGUGGCUGUUUAGCUAGCCAUCUACUAAUGAUUACUCCGCUUAACUUAUCCAAAUCCUCUUCCAUGCCAUAGUCAACAUUAUCAAUUGUCCUUUAACCUGAUUGCCCGAAGGCCUGGUCCCACAGCCACGUUUUAACCUUUUUUCUAAAGGUGAGGAGGGAUAACGAUGACCUAAUUUCCCCGGGGAGCAAAUUCCACAGGCGGGAAUUUGUUCUAGAGCAUUCUCUCCUGUUUCGCCUCUGAGGAUGCCUGCCACAGAUGCAGGCGAAAUGUCAGGAGAGAGUGCUUCUAAAACAUGGCCAUACAGUUUGUAAAACCUACAACAACCCAGUGAUUCCAGCCAUGAAAGCCUUCUACAAUACAUCUUUUAAAACUUUGCCUGUACCUUUUCCAUCAGUGGAGUUAAGAGGGAAUGGUGGUCGUGCCUCCCACUCAUCCCAAUAACUGGAAAUAGAAAAGCCCUUUAAUGAGAAAUGCCCUUUAAUGGUGAGCAGCUUAAAUAAGCCAAGUCUCAGUCUUGCUUCUCACUCCUGAUAGCGCACAUUCUGCUGCUCUGGUUCACAAUUUCUAAUAUGUGUUUGUUUACUACAAAAAAGUAGUUGGAGAAGAAAGAAAGCGCACUUUAUCUCCUUUUCUCCACCUCUACAUUGUGCCUUAUAUUCAUUUUAUCCCUUCACAUGUUUUGGGGGCAGAUUUUUGUGAGUUUUACCUUGCUGGUGGUACACUGUUCAGCUCUCACAUCUGGGUUAUCUUUCAACAGGUAGGACUUCCACAAUAUGCUGGAUUGUUCUCUCUCUCUCUCUCUCUUGCAUACAUACAUACACACACACAGAGAGAGAGAGAGCUUCAAGCACAGGCAAAGCAAGAUCAGAUCCAAUGGUGAAGAAUUGAUGGGAGGGGAAUGCAACAGACAGCUGUAAAUAAUCUAAGGCCAAGCUAAUUGUUCCUCAUCACUGCCCCCUGUCUCAAAACAAGUCUUGGAAGGGAUAUAUUUUGGGCAUUAAUAAAUCCGCAUCAGAGCAGCUUGCCUUUUCUCCUCUGAUGAUGGUGAAAACA